AUGGCCUGCUCCUCCACCAAAGCAGCCGGCGCUGGCUGUGCCAACUGCUCCUGCGCCGCCUCCUCCUCUAACGGCGCCUCCGUCAAGCUUCCCUCCUCCAAGUCCAAAUCCGAGUCCACGCCCCUUCUGUGGUCCACCACUUCCGCUGACUACCAGUCCGCCUCGCAAGAUGCCUCGGCAACGGCCUCCUCUUCCGCGUCCACCCUCUCCGCCUCGCACGAGUGCCCCUCCUCAACCCCUCACAACCCGGACUUUGUCUGCUGUCGCGACAUCAUCCCUACCGACGACCGCACGCUGAUCGACCCGGACUUUGCACGCGACUGCAUCGUGGGUCUCUCGGACGGUCUCACCGUGCCCUUUGCUCUCACUGCCGGGUUGUCCUCCACUGGAUCGACGAGGUUGGUCGUCCUCGCGGGGCUGGCCGAGCUCGUAUCGGGCGCCAUCUCGAUGGGCAUUGGCGGCUUUUUGUCGGCCCAAGCCGAGUUGAGCCACUUUGCCUUCCAGCAGCGGUCGACGCAGCAGCGUGUGCAGCGUUCGUGUGGCACAGAGGUUCAGCGUCAGGUACACGACAUUCUCAAGGGCUACGGUAUCGCUGAAAACACUUCGGCGCAGAUUGCCAGCGAGCUCACCGCCAAAGAGCAGGCAAGGCGGGAGGCGGAACAUCUGGCAGCAUCACAGGCCUUGCGCUCCUCCCAGGGUGCUCGACGCAAGAUCUUCGGCUGCAUCCCCGUACCGUCGUCGAGCGUCGGCGCGAAGCAGAAGAGCACGGACGAAGAAGCCCUGCUCGCAGAGGACGACGCCGAACAGGCUGGUCUCACCCCUUUCCUGCUGAAACUCGGAGAGGGUCUCGAACCAGUCAGCACCUCGCGCCUCUACAUCUCGGCGCUUACCAUCGGACUCAGUUACUUUAUGGGUGGAAUCAUCCCGCUGCUGCCGUACAUGUUUAUCGUGGAGGCGAGCCGGGCGCUGAUGUGGUCCGUGGUGAUCACGGGGGUGAUUCUGUUGGUGUUUGGUGUGGUCAAGCAGCGCGUGACGGGUGGAGAGGGAGGGGUCAAGGGGUACGUGUGGGGUGCAGUGUCGACGUUGGCCGUCGGAGGUGUGGCUGCGGGAGCGAGUUGGUUGUUGGUCGGGCUGCUGGAGGGCGGUGGCGAGGGAGGCAUCUAG